CAACCCGCUGCGGCGCCGCGUCAGCUGAUCGGCGAGCCGAGCUGCGUACCGGCCGCUUGCGGUGCUCGGGUCCCGCCGCCUCGCCGCAGCCAUGUCGUUCUUCCCCGAGCUUUACUUCAACGUGGACAAUGGCUACUUGGAGGGACUAGUGCGCGGCCUGAAGGCCGGGGUGCUCAGCCAGGCGGACUACCUCAACCUGGUGCAGUGCGAGACGCUGGAGGACCUGAAGCUGCACCUGCAAAGUACCGACUAUGGCAACUUCCUGGCCAACGAGGCGUCCCCACUGACCGUGUCGGUCAUCGACGACCGGCUCAAGGAGAAGAUGGUGGUAGAGUUCCGCCACAUGCGGAACCACGCCUAUGAGCCCCUCGCCAGCUUCCUGGACUACAUCACUUACAGCUACAUGAUCGACAACGUCAUCCUGCUCAUCACAGGCACCCUGCACCAGCGCUCCAUCACCGAGCUCGUGCCCAAGUGCCACCCCCUGGGCAGCUUCGAGCAGAUGGAGGCCGUGAACAUUGCACAGACCCCCGCCGAGCUCUAUAACGCCAUCCUGGUAGACACGCCCCUGGCGGCUUUCUUCCAGGACUGCAUCUCUGAGCAGGACCUCGACGAGAUGAACAUCGAGAUCAUCCGAAACACACUCUACAAGGCUUACCUGGAGUCCUUCUACAAGUUCUGCACCCUGCUGGGCGGGACCACGGCCGACGCCAUGUGCCCCAUCCUGGAGUUCGAAGCUGACCGCCGCGCUUUCAUCAUCACCAUUAACUCCUUCGGCACCGAGCUCUCCAAGGAGGACCGGGCCAAGCUCUUUCCGCACUGCGGUCGGCUCUACCCUGAGGGUCUGGCCCAGCUGGCUCGGGCUGACGACUACGAGCAGGUCAAGAACGUGGCCGACUACUACCCGGAGUACAAGCUGCUCUUCGAGGGCGCAGGCAGCAACCCCGGAGACAAGACGCUGGAGGACAGAUUCUUCGAGCACGAGGUGAAGCUGAACAAACUGGCCUUCCUGAACCAGUUCCACUUUGGGGUGUUCUACGCUUUCGUGAAGCUCAAGGAGCAGGAGUGUCGGAACAUCGUGUGGAUUGCCGAGUGCAUCGCCCAGCGCCACCGCGCCAAGAUUGACAACUACAUCCCCAUCUUCUAGUGCCCGGGCCGCGGCUCCCUGGGGUGUGUGUGUGUAUGUGUGCGCGCGCGUGUGUGUACGCGUGUGUCGCGUGUGCUGCCCCGGCCCGGGAGGCACACGAUCCUUGCGGUGGCCCAGCAUCCCCCCCUCUGAGACUGCUCCUGGGCCUGCAGAGGGGCUGAGUACCUGCUCCCCUUCCCAGGACGGACCAACCCCCACCUCCAGAGCACGGAGGCCCCUCAGCCCUGGUCACGGCCACUGGUGUGUCUGAGAAGCAUGUGGUCACUAUUGUGUCCCUCCCUAACCUGAGGACCCCUGGGGCAGUGUGUGCCUCCGCUCCCUUCUGGGGGUCACAUUCAUGUUGUGGCCCAGCAGACGGAGCAGCAGUGUCCUUGGGGGCCUGGGAGAAGUAGCUCAUCAGCCCCCUCCCCGAGACAAUAAAGUGUCCCUGAAGCCUG